GACAGCAAUGGUUGUUUGAGAAGCUAAUUUAACAAACCUUUUAUUGUUUUAUUUAUUUAUUUACCAAUGAAUUGAAUUUCGUUUACAAGUAAAUAACAUAAAUCAAAUAAGCACAAUGGAGUUAAUUUACUCCAUGCGCCGGAAACCAUUGAAAUGCGAGCCGCCGCAUUUCGAAACGUCAUCAGACCCAGAAGUGGUUCGGCCAAUUUGCACCAUAUCGGCCUGCAAUAUCAUCGCAUUCUCGUCGCCCACGGAGCUGUCGGACUCUGACGGGUGCACUUGGGGCGGCCACGUGUACGUGUGUGAUCUGGACACGCCGUGGGACAGCCAUAAAGUCACUAGCACUGUUCAUCCCGUCUCAGCUCUAGAAUGGGACAGCGAGGGAAAGCAGCUCCUGGUGGCCACGACUGAGGGUGAAGUGUCCGUGUAUGGCAUGAAGGAGUUCCUGUUGAACGAUUGGGGCUGUCUGUAUAGUGCAUCGUUCCCAGGUGAACACGUGAUAAAGGCGGCAUUCUUCCACAACGGCCGAAGAGUAUCUUGCGACAAGAAGCCCGAUGUGCCGGCUGCGGAACGCCUACAGCUACUGCGGCCUACACCUACACUGAAGGGUUUUGGCGGCAUAGCAUGUGAAGGCGCUUGCAUCAUCACGGCCACAGGUCUCAUCGGCGCUCUGACGCCCUCAGGAGAGCCGGGCAAAGCGCUCAGCGGGGCCGAAUGUCUCCGCCCGGCGAGGGACAGGGUGCCUGCUGCGAGUGUUGCUCAUAAAAAUGGCACCCUAAUAGUAGCCGCAGGCGGUGUGAACUGUGUUCGCUGCGCCGUGUGCUCCGUUACGUUAUCUCGCGCCCCGCACCAGGCGCCAUCGCUAAUUGUGCAACCACUACCUGCGGUAUAUCUGGAUUAUACACCUGUAUCUCUGACGUGGAGUCUCCGGGAGGACACAGAUUCCCUCCUCAUCGCCGGCUCUACUCUCUCGGUGUGGAAUUUGACACAACGGGCACAUCCGGUACACAAACUACUGUCUAAAGGUCCGUUGCAAGGAAGCACGACUCCUGGAGGUGGACAGAAACCAGGGUCUGACUGCUUUAACACAGUGGUAUGGCAGCAAAUAUCCGUGUUGCCCGUGGAGGGCUGCGCGCACGUGUGCUCGCGGCGGCUGCACGCGGCCGCGCCGCACCACGUGCUGGCGGCCACGGGACCCAACAGGCUCCUACUGCAUCGAGAUACUCAUAGGGUAUGGCAGCAAAUAUCCGUGUUGCCCGUGGAGGGCUGCGCGCACGUGUGCUCGCGGCGGCUGCACGCGGCCGCGCCGCACCACGUGCUGGCGGCCACGGGACCCAACAGGCUCCUACUGCAUCGAGAUACUCAUAGGGUAUGGCAGCAAAUAUCCGUGUUGCCCGUGGAGGGCUGCGCGCACGUGUGCUCGCGGCGGCUGCACGCGGCCGCGCCGCACCACGUGCUGGCGGCCACGGGACCCAACAGGCUCCUACUGCAUCGAGAUACUCAUAGGGUAUGGCAGCAAAUAUCCGUGUUGCCCGUGGAGGGCUGCGCGCACAUGUGCUCGCGGCGGCUGCACGCGGCCGCGCCGCACCACGUGCUGGCGGCCACGGGACCCAACAGGCUCCUACUGCAUCGAGAUACUCAUAGGCAAAUAUCCGUGUUGCCCGUGGAGGGCUGCGCGCACGUGUGCUCGCGGCGGCUGCACGCGGCCGCGCCGCACCACGUGCUGGUGGUCACGGGACCCAACAGGCUCCUACUGCAUCGAGAUACUCAUAGGGUAUGGCAGCAAAUAUCCGUGUUGCCCGUGGAGGGCUGCGCGCACGUGUGCUCGCGGCGGCUCCACGUGGCGGCGCCGCACCACGUGCUGGCGGCCACGGGACCCAACAGGCUCCUACUGCAUCGAGAUACUCAUAGGAUAAGCACCACAGCGGUGACUGUCUCAGGGCUACCAGGCCUCGAGGCCGGCGCUACGCCCCCCAAGAAACCCAAAUACGGUGGAGCCCUGGCAACAGGUGCAGCGUGCGCCAUAGUAUCAUGUGUGGACAUGUCGUGGCUCGGCGGCGUGUGUGUGUGCGUCGACACGCAUGCGCAACUACACGUAUAUCGUUUACCCGCACCCGAUAUUUCCACGCCAUUGCUAGUGCAGCAUACGACAUCCCUGUUAGAGUACGCGAUGGUGUCUGGACUGGACUACCGGGAUAUCAUCAUGACACUAAAACCUAACGCCAUUGAUGCUGUCUACGAGAGGUUUACAGAGAGCUUCCAACGUCAACCACAAGCUUUCCAGCAGUUUUACUACCAGAACUGGCUCAAACUACGCAUCGCACUUUGCAGAGUAAUGCCGACCGCUCAAGGUGCGGUGUCGUCACUAACGCAGCUAACUACCCUCGCCGGUGCGUGGGCGGCGCUGGCGGCCGCGUUACGCGGAGACGACAGGCGUCACGACGACGUGCGGCUAGACGCGCUGCUGGAACACGAACACGACAAGGCUCUAGUGACUCUAGAAGCGAAGGCCGAGCUGUCGAGCGACGCCGUGGUGCUGACCCCGCUGCGUCGCAUCUUACAACAAUGUGUCGACAUCGCGACGACGCAUCUGCAACAUGCUGCGAUGGGCCAUACACAUCCGUAUGAGACGUGGACGGACGGCACGGCGCUGACGCUGCUGCGCAAGCUGCUGGUGGCGGCGCGGGCCGCGGGCCGCGGCGGGGAACCGCUGUCGCGCGCGCUAGCCAGGUUACAGCACCAGAACACCAAGGAGGUCCGAGAGGAGUGCGCUACUCUGUGCCUCCAGCUGACGACGCCCCGCAUCUGGGACUCGCUGCCGCGCUGCACGGUCUCCGCGCCGCACGGGAAACCGCCGCCGCAUUAUUUUGAAUAUGGAAUAGAGCCCGAAGGUUUAAGAUACGCGCCCGAACCGCCGAACUACGGCACUAUGUGCGAAGUAAUGCCUUCACUAGGGAUGGACUGCAUACGGUACAUGUACCUGGGCGCGGGCGCGGGCUCGUGGCGCUCGUGCGGGCGCUGCGGCGCGCGCGCCCUCCCCGCCGCGCGCCCCGCCCGGCUCCCCGCGCAGCGCGCCUACGACGGACGCUUCCUGCCCGCCUGCAGGUGCGGCGGUAAAUGGACUCUGGUCUCGAAUUACUGAACGAUAUGCUGAAUAUUAAUUAAGAUUAGAUUAAGCUCACUAAUGAAGUAUUACACCUGUAAAUAAAACCAUAAUGAAUUUACCAAAAUAAAAUGAGCUUUUGAUAUUUUAAUCGAAUA